AUUUACAUGCUGGAUUUGACAGUAAAAGAAAAAGUGAUUUGACAAGACGGUGUUUUACUAUCAUUGUGGAAAGUAAGAUUAAAUAAGGGCAUGUUUGUACUCGAGUAUUACUUUUGUAUUUUUUGUGAUGUGAUAGCAAAUAAUAUAGAUCUUUAAAAGUUUAUAAUUGAAGUGCUGAGGUUAUAAAACUUUGGAGCUUCAGUUGGUGAACAUUUUAUGUACAAAUUAAUUCAUAAGUGAACCGUUAGAACACAAUUUCACAAUGGAUCCAGAAGUUGAUACGACUCAAGGUGGUUUGAGGAUUGAUGGCAGAAGGCCCCUCGAGUUACGUAGGAUAAGGUUGCGCUUGGGGGUUUUCAGCCAAGCUGAUGGAAGUGCCUACAUUGAGCAAGGAAAUACCAAAAUAUUGGCUACAGUUUAUGGGCCACAUCAACCAAGAGGGAAAUCAGUUAGUAGUAUGACAAAGGCCACAAAAGGUAUAGUUAAUUGUCAGUAUAGCACAGCGGUAUUUAGCUUUGGUGCUGGAGAAAGAAAAAAGAGGCCACGUGGUGAUAGGAAAUCCAUUGAAAGAGCUCAACAGUUGAAACAUGCCAUGGAGGCAAUCAUCAAUUUAGAAUUGUUUGCAAAGUCUCAAAUGGAUGUGUUUGUUGAAGUGCUUCAAGUUGAUGGCAGUGAAUUUUGUGUAGCUGUCAAUGCUGCGACUCUCGCCUUAAUUGAUGCUGGUAUUCCAAUCAAAGACUAUGCAGUUGGGUGUUCCAUUACAGUAUCAGAUAAAUUGCUGGGAGAUGACGAUAGCGGUAAAAGCACGGGGAUACUCGACGCCAACUGGGUGGAAGAGUGUUCUCCAGGUGUGACUCUGUCGAUUGUUGCACUGCCCAAAGUCGUUGAUGAAACAGAAACGAAAAGUUCCGUGAUAUUGGCUCAUGGUGCUGGGCAGAGAUUACAUCUUUCUCAGCUUGAAUCUUUAAGAUUAAGAGCGCUCCAAGGUUGUAAAGACAUAAGGACUAUUAUUGAUCAAGCAGUCAAAGAUCACUUGCAAAUAUUUGUUGUUACCACUGCUUUAGAUAAAUAAGAUUGAUUGUUUCAAACGUUAAUUUACACUUGAUAAGUUUAAUAAUAAAAGGUUUUUUUACAAAAACAAUGUUGAACAAUA